CAGGGCCAGACAUUGUGGAUGAGAACAGCAGGCCCGGGCCAGAAGUGGCACCAUGUCUGCAUGGAGGUGCCUCAGCUGUGUCAGAGUUUUCCUGACCAUCCUCCUAGACCUAACACACCAGGGACCCCAUGGCUCUGCCUCGUCCAACAGCAAGUUAUUGAUGACGAGCUAUUCCGUACAUUCCACUGUGGUGUCUCGUUAUGCACACACUUUGGUCACCUCUAUCCUCUGCAAUCCCCAUGAUGAGGCCCAUGAAGCCACCUUUGACCUGGAUCUACCUCGAGUCGCCUUUAUCUCCAAUUUCACGAUGACCAUCGACAAUAAAGUCUAUGUUGCAGAAAUCAAGGAAAAACACCAGGCAAAGAAAAUCUAUGACAAAGCCUAUCAGCAAGGAAAGACAGCUGCUCAUGUAGGCAUCAGGGACCGGGAGUCAGAAAAAUUUCGAAUCUCCACUAGGCUGGCAGCAGGCACAGAGGUAACUUUUGCCCUCGCGUAUGAAGAACUUCUACAACGACAUCAGGGCCGGUACCAGUUGGUGGUAAGCCUGAGGCCUGGACAGUUGGUGAGGAAGCUGAAUGUAGAAAUCACGGUGUCUGAAAGGACAGGCAUUGCCUAUGUGCACAUACCUCCACUGAGGACCAGCCGAGUGUGCACCAACAACCAAACAAGUGAGAGGGACGCGCCCCCAUCCACCAGGAUACAGAGGGGAGAGACCUGUGUCCGCAUCACCUUCUCCCCAACACUGCAAGACCAGUCUGCCUUCUCCAGAUCAGGCAUCAUGGCCGACUUCACGGUCCACUAUGACGUGGCCAUGGAGGACAUCAUUGGAGACGUGCAGAUCUAUGGUGGCUAUUUUAUUCACUACUUUGCCCCCAGAGGCCUCCCGCCAGUGGAGAAGAAUGUGGUAUUUGUUAUAGAUGUGAGCGGCUCCAUGUUUGGAACCAAGUUGCAGCAGACUAAAAAGGCCAUGGACACGAUCCUCAGUGACAUGCAAGCUAGUGACUACUUCAAUAUCAUUUCCUUUUCUGACAAAGUUAACAUCUGGAAAGCUGAAGGCUCCAUCCAAGCCACUGUCCAGAAUAUCCACAGUGCUAAAAACUACCUGAGUCGCAUGGAAGCAGAUGGUUGGACCGACAUCAACGCAGCUCUGCUGGCAGCUGCUUCAGUGCUGAACCAUAGCAACCAGGAGCCUGGAAAGGGCCGUGGUGUGGGGCAGAUUCCUCUUAUCAUGUUCCUGACAGAUGGGGAGCCCACAGCCGGCGUGACAACUCCCAGUGUGAUCCUUUCCAACAUCCGUCAGGCAUUGGGCCACAGGGUAUCUCUUUUCAGCUUGGCCUUUGGGGAUGAUGCUGACUUCUCACUGCUGCGCCGUUUGUCCCUGGAGAACCAGGGAGAAGCAAGACGCAUAUAUGAGGACAGUGAUGCUGCUCUGCAACUAGAGGGCUUCUAUGACGAGAUUUCCAAGCCUCUGCUGGCAGAUGUACACUUGGACUAUUUGGGGGGCUUGGUUGGGGCCUCCCCUAGGGCCCAUUUCCCUAACUAUUUUUGUGGCUCAGAGUUGGUGGUAGCUGGCAAGUUGCAACCAGGUGAGCAGGAACUGGGCAUCCACCUAGCAGCCCGUGGCCACAGUGGUCAGCUUCUUGUGGCCCGCCGUAGUGAAGAAGCCACCAACAGCAGCCAGAAAGCCUUUGGUUGCCCAGGGAAACCUGCCCUCAGUGUGGCACAUUUUAUCCGCCGCCUGUGGGCUUAUGUCACGAUUGGGGAGCUGCUGGAGGCACGCUUCCAAGCCCGGGACACUACCACUCGCCGUCUGCUGGCUGCCAAAGCCCUCAACCUAUCCCUUCAAUACAACUUUGUCACACCUCUGACCUCACUGGUCGUGGUGCACCUCGAGAAGACCAAUGAGAAAUCCAUGAGCCAGCCAUCCACUACAGCUGAGACAAGCACACCCUCAUCCAGCAAAAGCCUUGGCCUAGGAGCAGGCACAGCUCAACCAGCCUCAGUCCUUGAGGCCUCUUCUAAAUCCAGGCCCAUGAAACCAACCUCAACUAUUACUGCCCCUAAAAAGAAAGUGCCCAGUUCCAAGGAGCAGGGGGCACUGGGUCAGUGUUCUAAUAGCCUACCAACUUCAGUACAACCAAAGUCCCAAAUUCCAGCACAAGAUUCCAGUACCUUGGCACUGCCAACUUUGAAGAUGAAACCUCUUGCCCCUGUGCCUUCAAGUUCUAAUGUCCCAUUGCCUCUGCAGCCCAACACUUCAUCACACCAGAAUCCUGGUGUGAUAUCACUUGUUAAUUCUAGGACACAUGUCCUACCUCUGAAUCCUGUCACCCCUGCCCAGCCCAAAGGUAGCACUAUGAAACAUUUUAAUCCAUUUACUCCUUCCAAACUUCCUGCUUCAUCAGAUGCCCAACCUACACCAGAUACCCCAUCAUACCCUCAACCUGGGGAAUCCAUAUCACAGACACUCCAAAGCCUGCCACGGCCCAAAUCUAUCUCCACAUUUCAGAUAUCCAAACACCCAUUGCACCUCAGCUCCAAGGGUCUUGUUCCCAAGACUCCCCCAAAUUUACCACACUCUAGAUCAGGGAUUGUCUUGCCCAAGUCUCCUAAAAUUCCUUCAUCUCCUAAAUCUAGUGUCUCAUCUCACCAAACUUCUACUAGCUUACCACUUUCCAAGUCCAGAACCCCAACUCCCUAUAACGCCCAAAUCCCACUACCUGCCAGGCCCAGGCCACUAGUUCCUCAGAGUCUCGGCACAUUUUCGAACACACUCUCGAGUUCCACAAGUCCCAGCAGUACUGUGCCCACAUCUAGUCCUGGCGAGCCUCUCCCUUCUUCCUUUAACCCUACUCCGAUCUCUCUGCUGCCCACUGCAAGACUCUGGCAUCAGCAAGAGCCGCCACUAGGACCCAAGAGCACCAGGCAAGUUCUGGGACCAUCUCUGCCAGGGAUUCUAAUAAUGGCCCUAACCAGCAGCUCUGGUCCUAUGCCAGGGGGCUCUCCCCAAAACCUCCCAAUCUUGCUGCCUUCCAGCACUCCCCCUGAGGCUAUCAGUCUUCAUCUUCUCCCAGAGAAGUUCCAGCUGCUGCCAGAGUCAGUGGUAGAGUCCAAGUUCGUGGAGUCCUUGAACCCACCAGUCUUCUAUACGUUUCUCACUCCUGACAGAGAUGGAAGUCCACACUGGGAUGGCAAUUCUGAGAGGAUCCUGGGAGGAACUGAACAUGAUAUGGACUCCAAGGAAAGUUCCGUGGAGCUAGCAAAAGGCACAUUACCAGGCAUCUUCACCUUCUCGUCCUCUGUGGAUGGGGACCCCCACUUUGUGAUCCACAUUCCUCACUCAGGAGAGAAGAUCUGCUUCACACUGGAUGGGCGCCCAGGGGACCUAUUGCAGCUUAUAGAGGACCCUAAGGCAGGGUUGCAUGUGAGUGGGAAGUUGCUUGGAGCACCACCAAGGCCAGGCCAUGAGGACCAGACCCGUACAUACUUCCAGAUCAUCACAAUCACUUCAGAUAAACCCCGGGCCUACACUAUUACAAUAAGCCGCAGUUCCAUAUCUGUGCAAGGUGAGGGUACCUUGAACUUACGCUGGGACCAACCUGCCCUGGUGAAGAAGCCCCAACUGGAGCUCCAUGUCGCUUCUGCAGACCAUCUCACCCUCCAACUUGGGCCCCACCUCAACUUCCUCAUCCUUCGUCACCACUACAGACACCCCAGCACACUACAACUACCCCAUUUGGGGUUCUAUGUGGCCAAUGGCUCAGGCCUCAGCCCCUCAGCCCGUGGCCUGAUGGGACAGUUUCAGCACACAGAUAUCCGGCUGGUAACAGGACCUACUGGGUCCUACAUACAGAAGCACCAGGGCCCAGAUGUGCCAGCGGUACUAGGCAAGAAGCUGCUGAAAGUGUCACCAAGGCUUCAUCCCCGCUGGACUUCCUGCUGGCUGGUGAAACGCUCUCAUGUGGAACGGCUGCUGGGUCGGCCCUACCUUGCCUAUGUUCUGUGAUGGCUCCUGGACCUAGAGCCAGGGGGUCUAAAUUUGUAGAUCCAGAGGCUAGGGCAUGGAGUCAACCAGGACACAGGCCUGGGUACAUGGAAGUGCACAUAAAGGCCGCCUAUACAUGUGCUAAGGGACAAAUAUAGAGCUAAGCAGAACUUCAGGCCUAAAAGCUUUAGUAUGCUCACCUCGUGGUUCUUCUUUAUACUCUCUGCCCCCUCCAAAUUCACAUUAGCCCUGGAAGUGACUUUCCUUUUUUUUCAUUCCUUGAGAAUUCCGCACAUGUGUACAAUGGACUUUGACCUCAUCAACCCCUCCAUACCCCCAUCUGUUCCUCUCAGAAUCCCCCACCCUACCUCCACCUCACCUUCCCAACUUCAUUUUCUCUUUUCAUAGCCCACAGACUGCCUUUCCUAAAGCCAAAGUCUCACUGAGUCAUGAGUCCUGCUCACGGCGUUCCCUUAUGCCUACGAUGUACUCCUAGCUCUUGGGAUUUCCCUAGUAAGCUAUGAUGGUCCCCACCACUGCACUUCUAUGUGUAUUCCACCUUCUGUGUGGGACACUCUUCCCCCAUCUAGGUAAACUCAAUUCAUCUUUCAAGUCUUAGUUACCCCCUCUCCUAGAAGGCAUUCCCUGGGCCUUCCAUGAGGUGAGCGUGGCACCUGCUUUAUGUCCUGCCUGAUCUCAUAGCAGUUUUCAUACUGUCUAGUAAUCAUCUGUUUCCUCAUCUGGAUCCUGGCUAAGCCUGUAAGCUCUCUGAGAGCAAGAAUCUGUUCUGGAUCCUCUGUAGCCACAGUUCAUGGCACAUGGCAGGUGCUUAAUAAAUAUGUGUAGAAUAAAUGAA